AUGGAUGCGCAGUUUCCCUUUGCGUCAAGAGAGGAUAUCUGGCGCGUACAUGAGGAAGUCAAGGAUCUCUACGCAACCCAGUUGGAACACGGAGAAAGGAUUGCAAAGUUAGAGCGGCGCAGGGAAGAUGAUGCCCGCAUGAAAAGUCUUUGGGGCCCAUUUUCUCCGUACGCUUCUACUGGCAGCAAUCCUCCAAUUCAAGGCAAGUCAAUCGCUACCACAAUCAGCAUGGCAAUUUCUGACCAACGCAUCUCUCGUCCAGAAUCCACGUAUAGUCCUCCUGCCGAGCCGUUCAAGGGGUUCGACCAAGGGCAUCAGCAUACUGCCGCCAGCAAUAUUGUCUUAGAGACCGAAGAGGAUACUAGACGAGGCGCUUCGAGGGCAAAUAGUGUUCGGUUCGACGAAAGCUCCAUGCACGGGUAUUACAAUCACGCCAAUCGGUCAGCGAGUGAGCUGCCUCCUGUGAGAACUGGAAGUGGACAGGGAAGCCAUCCGCUCACCGAACGCUCACUCUCCCACCGGUCAGACGGCAACAAGAGCUCGUCCGGUCAGUCUCAUCGCACGUUCAGCCUAGGCUUGGAUACUGCCAAAGCCAACGGAUCUACAACAGCUACAACCAUGACUCCGCCUCCAGGGCUUUUCAUUUUGGGUCCAGUUCCUUGCAUCAUUCGAUGCUGGCUUACAACCCAUUUCUCGAAUGACUCUUUACUCUACGCAGCGAUUUGCAGUGGGUCGUACUCUUCGGCUAUCACCUACCGUAUGAUCCAAAAGUUGGGGCUUGAGGAUGAGAUGGCAGAAAAUGAUGGUUUGCGGAUCAUCAAGCUACCCAUGUACUUUCCAGAAGCUAGCAUCUAUCAGCCAUCGUCCCGUGCUGGAAGCCCUGCUCCACACCUGCCCGCCGUCACUGUACAGUUUACUGUUCGCGAGACACUUCCAGCCGACGACAGGUCUAUCCAGAUCUUCAUCGGUAGCGAUGUUCUGCGUCUCAAUAACGCAGAUAUCUUGUUCUCUCAAGACAAAAUGCUCAUUUUAGAUGAUGAACGAAAUAGAAUCUCGGUCCCACUUGUCCGUCCCGAAAACCAGGAGGUCUUUAAGACACUGUCAACCGGCCCACGGUCGUAUCCCGUUCCGAUUUAUGGCAUGAACGGCGGUGAACGUAUCCAUACCCUGGAGCACGAAGAUGUUGAGUCCGGAACAGGAAGUAAGCCCAGCAGUCCAGCUCCACAGGCUAAACCAAACCAGUUCGCCCUGCCUUUCCGAAAAUUGAACGACACCGUCGAUGCGCCAUCAAGGCGCUCCGCCCAUUUCGCGGAGACCGCUGAGGAACACAGCCCUCCUCAAACACACCCCAGGUCUAUCGCAAACGAUAAAACGGGUGAAAGAUCCUCUAAGUCUGAGGGAACGGGUGUGUGGGGUCCUUGGAGGCGAGAUCAACCAACCCAGAAAAGUGAACCAGGGCCUUAUUUGGCUGCAUAUCACCGGAAUGUUAAAAGCCGUAAUAUGAAAGUGCUGAAACCAUCCAAACCGGUUUCACGCCAAGUAUCCGGUGCGGAAGCAACACCCGCUCGACCUUCAGAUCGUGGAGCUGAGCAUGGCGACGGAAAACCUGACAACGCAUGGAACAAGACUCGAAGCUCGAAUCCAGUUGGUGGUGCCUCAGCAUUUGGCUGGCUUAAUACCAAGACAGAAUCUAAUAACACCGAUUAG